AUGCACGUCCCCCUCUCCUCGAACAAACCGACAGUACACAGUAUGAAGCCACCUUCAACACCAACGUCUCACCAAAGUCUCACCAAAGUCUAUAAAACUGGCCAUCCCCGUCCCCUUCCUCUGUCUUCUUCCUCCCCAGACCCUCACUCCUCACACAACUUUCAACAUUCUCUUCCAUUCUCUAUCUUCGUGCAAAUACCUCUGUCAUCGAUAUGUCUUUCACUGAUACCUUCUCCAUCACCCCUGUCCCACGCGACGGCGCGUCCAACGUCCCUCGCCGCAUCAGGAAAUCCUUCUCUUACUCUGCGAUGUUCCCUCCUUCCCCCAUCCUGCGAGACGGCGAGUCUCAGGUAA